CCUGACAACGGACACAAUCUCCCAGGCUUGAGAUUGGUAAUAGACAGGAUCGCUGUUCGACCACUGACCUCGGAAAACAGCUACGAAAUGCAAGAUCGACCUUGUUGACAAGUGCUCCCUGCACUCGAGCGCAAGGUAUGUCGCUCCCACAAUCACCAUUCGCGCCAUCCACCUCUGUCGCUGGAGCUGGAGAAAUUGUGCUUUCGUUAUUGCCUCCCGGCAAACAGGCACUACAAGUUUUCAAAUAUCAAUACCCUCUAAAGCUUAUCGCUCCUGAACCACAUAGCUCGAGCGAUGAUAAGCACGUGACAAUUGCCUUUCUUCUCACCUACGGAGGAGGAUUGGUGGGAGGGGAUCAGGUCAACCUAAAGAUCGAGCUACAAGAAACUACGCGCCUUAUACUACUUACUCAGGGCAGUACUAAGCUGUUCAAAGCUCCGAAUAAGUCAGUGGUCAGUAAACAGACCUUAGAUGUGAAGAUAGGGCACGGAGCCGCCCUGUGUUAUUUGCCCGACCCAACCCAGCCGUUCGCAGAAAGUGUCUAUGAGCAGAAACAGACAUUCUAUGUUGCGCCUGAAGGGACUAGUAACCUGCUUAUGCUUGACUGGGUCAGCGAAGGCCGACGAGCACUUGGGGAGAGCUGGACACUGUGGAGCUGGAAAGGCAGAAAUGAAGUGAGAGAGUUUGAUCGACAGUCGAAAGGACGACUUUUGCUUCGAGAUGCUGUCAUGCUUCAUGAGGACGGUCUUGGAGGUGUGGGCUUGGUGGACAAGGCAGACAACAUGGCCAUAUUCGGCACUCUCAUUGUAUAUGGAACACUUUUUGGGAAACUUGCUGAAUUUCUCAUGAAUGAGUUCGCUAACCAGCCUCGGAUCGGAGCCAAGAACUGGACACAAGAACCUCUGACCCAUACUGACCAAGCACACCAAGCAGAAGGUCUUCUUUGGACCGUAGCCAGGGUGCGCGGUUUCGUCCUGGUCAAAUUCGGUGCCAAAGAUCUCGAUGGUGCAAGGCACUGGCUAGGAGACCUGCUCAAACGAGAAGGCACGGUUGAGCAAUUAUUUGGGCAUCAGGCGCUCAUGUGUCUGAGAUGAUAGUUGGUCAUACCCAACACUGUUACAAUGCCAGCUAUUCACGGGGUCCAGCAUGAGGGCAACAUCAUUUCCCUAGCGUCAGGAAGAGGCGGUCUCCGAUGUCUCCCAAACCAGGCUUGAUCAUGCCUUUGUCGGUUAAGCCUUCAUCUAGGCCUCCUACCCAGAUCUCGGUUCCUUCCGGCCAUUCUGCUGCUGCGCUGGUCACACCAGGAAUUGCACCUAGCACACUCAACACUAUUACUUUUUCGACUCCCCAUUCUUUCAGUGACUGAAUAGCAGCAAUGCAAGUCUGGCCUGUUGCAAUGAUCGGAUCCACGAUUAUGGCCAGUUUGGCAACUUUCGCUUGGGAUUGGGGCAGGUUGUUAUAGUACUCGACUGGCUGCAAGGUCAACUUUUCGCGGAAGAGACCGAGAUGGUGUACAGACACUGGGGCAGGAAGGAUGGUUUGAACGGCUUAUCAAGGUCAGUCAUGCAGUACGAUAUCGAUAUGUGGCUACUUGCCUUCGACCAUGCCCAAACCACUCCGAAGAAUCGGCACAAGGGUGAUCUUGCUACAGUCUAUAGUUUCGAAAGUAUAUUCAUAUCCAAUGGGUGUCUCAUCCUAUAUCACUCAAAGAUCAGCCUGCGCCACCAGGGCCUCCGUAAAUGGACACACCUUGCCAGCUUCCUCGAGAUGCAGGUAUGAUAAAGCAUCGGUGCCCAACAGCAAAGCUAUC